CCCCCCAUCCCACUAGAACCAACCAUCACAAUGGCGGCGCCUGAGAUCAAGUACGACGACUACGACUUCCCGACUACUGCGCCGGAGCCCCAGCCCGGCCACCCUGGCCACACCACCCCCGAGCAGGAUGCGAAGGUGCAGCAGCUCCGGGCCGAGCUGGAGACGCUCGGUUACACCGAGAGACUGGAUACUCUGACGCUGCUGCGCUUCUUGAGAGCCCGGAAGUUCGAUGUUGCUGCUUCCAAGACCAUGUUCGUUGAGUGUGAGAAGUGGCGGAAGGAGUUUGGAACAGACGAGCUCGUCCGCACCUUCGACUACACGGAGAAGCCCCAGGUCUUCCAAUACUACCCCCAGUACUACCACAAGACCGACAAGGACGGAAGACCUGUCUACAUCGAGAAGCUCGGCAAGAUCGACCUCAAUGCCAUGUACAAGAUCACCACCGCCGAGCGCAUGCUGCAGAACCUCGUGACCGAGUAUGAGAAGCUCGCCGACCCCCGUCUGCCCGCCUGCUCCCGCAAGGCCGGCAAGUUGAUGGAGACCUGCUGCACCAUCAUGGACCUGAAGGGCGUCGGUAUCACCAGCGUCCCCUCCGUCUACGGAUACCUCAAGCAGGCGUCUGCCAUCUCCCAGAACUACUACCCCGAGCGUCUGGGCAAGCUCUACCUGAUCAACGCCCCCUGGGGAUUCAGCGGCGUGUUCAACGUCGUCAAGGGCUUCUUGGACCCCGUGACCGUGAACAAGAUCCACGUUCUCGGAUCCAACUACAAGAAGGAACUGCUGGCUCAGGUUCCGGCUGAGAACCUUCCCGUCGAGUUCGGCGGCUCCUGCUCGUGCGGCGGUGGCUGCGAGCUCAGCGACAUGGGCCCGUGGCAGGAGGCUGAGUGGUCCAAGACCCCCAAGUGGGCUCUCCCCAAGGAGGAGAUCAAGGCCGAGGAGGCGGCUGUGGAGAAGGAGGUCGAGGUUGAGGCUGCCCAGCCCACCGCAUAGAGCCUUUGCUUUAUCCACCGUCGGAUUUCUCGUUCUCUAUUUUGGAUCAAUAUGGUAAAAGCUUCGGGCACUAUCUUGCCAAUCUAUAUCCCUUCUUUUGCUUCUAGAAUUGUCUCGCUAGGGAAGGAGACAUCAGGGAUGCUUCACUCCUGUUUUGUCAAGGGUUGUUGUAGGAUGUCUUUGCGAUGGCCUGCCAUGCGUCGGAUAUCGUCAUUGUUUGUCUUUUCUUUUUUUUUUUUCUGGUCGUUUCUCUUUUCCUUUCAUCUUUUUUUUUCAAGUUAGAUAUCAAACACCAUAUGAGCGGCGCGAGGUGAUUUUAUAGAAUGGAGCCAGGGCAGUAAUGGGGGCGACGAUAAAA